AUGUAUCGUUUCCACGGAUCCGAUUCUAUUCUUCUUCCACUUUCCGCGCCGCGCACUAUCAGGUUCCCAAAUACACUGGACCUCAGGGCCCGGCCGGAAGGGCAAAUAUGUCGAGCCUCUGGCCUCGAAAGGCUGACAGGCCACUACCGAGCGCAGAGGCGUCAGGAUAUGUUGGCCCUGAAAAUUAUGUCGUGGACCGACGACAUUACGAUCGGCAGACUCUGCUGGAACUUUUUCAAGAGCUUCGCUGUUUGUUAUGGCUACAUCUGGUAUUUGCUUCUCCAUACUACCGUCUAUGCAUAUCCAUUCGAAUAA